AUGCAGUGAAGCAAGAGAUUUUUCUUGAAUGAUGUUAGCGAUAACCCAACAGAUUGGUUCCUGAUGCUUCCAAGAUUCAAUCUUUUUUUCACAUAAAACUAACGGAGAAGCUCAGAAAUAGCAUAAUCUUAGAUAUAGGUGUAAGAAGAGAAUGCUAAUCCACUGCAGUUCACCGUUACUACAGUAUGAGAGCACUGCCAUUUUUGUCCCAAGUUUGAAGCCAAGAAACAAAUUUCAGUGUCCCAUUUCCUGCCAUUUUUCGAUCGUCCGCAGUUAUGAACAGUCUCUCUUUGGUCUUUCAAGAAAGCCCAUAAAAAAAUUCAGUCCCAAACUGUCCCUUCAGGUUCUUGGAAAGGUAGCCAGGAAUUCUUCACCAUUGUCCUUUAGAAAAGACGAAGAAGUAUCACGGAAGCUAUGGAUUCAAGAGGAGGAUAGAGUAGAAGCAGGGCCUUCCUUUCUCAUUUCCACUGUUUUCUGCUCGUCGGUUUCAUGGCUGGCACUUGUUCAAGUGGCGCAAGCGAGUGAGGGAGUAAGAGCAAAUGCAGUAUAUGAGGUUGGGGAGCUGUUUGAAUUGGGAAUCCAGCUUUCCUACUUGCUUUUGCUUCUAGCGUUACUUGGAGCUGGGACCUUCUUUGUGCUCCGUCAAGUCCUUGUGCGUAGAGAGCUCGAUCUUUCUGCUAAAGAACUACAAGAGCAAGUUAGAAGUGGUGAUGCUAGUGCAACUGAAUUAUUCGAGCUUGGAGCUGUGAUGUUGAGAAGAAAGUUUUAUCCAGCCGCGACCAAGUACCUCCUUCAAGCAAUUGAGAAAUGGGACGGGGACGAUCAAGAUCUUGCUCAAGUCUACAACGCCCUAGGUGUGACCUAUGUUCGUGAUGAGAAAGUUGAGAAGGGCAUUGCUCAGUUUCUGAACGCAGUCAAGCUCCAACCGGGAUAUGUCACAGCCUGGAACAACCUUGGUGAUGCCUAUGAGAAGACCAAUGACCUCAAGUCCGCGCUCAAGGCGUUUGAGGAAGUCCUGCUCUUUGACCCCAACAACACGGUUGCUCGUCCUCGGAGGGACGACCUCAAGGCGAAAGUCGACAUGUAUAGAGGCGUGCCGGUGAAUGUGAAGACCAAGAAGAAAGGAACAUAAAGCAUAAGCUUGUUUUAGACUCAGUUUUUCAGUCUUGGUCAAUUUGCUAUGUUUUGUUGCUUGUUUUUCACAUACUGAGAUUUUGGCAAUUCAAAUGUGGAGGGUUUAUGUUUA